AAUAUAUCGCUCCGAAUUAACUCGGCGCACAGAGCGUCCCAGUGGAAGCGCUAUGAUUCAUACAGCUCUUGUUUGCUGGCAUUUUUUCUGUGAGCUUUUUUUUCGCCGCCAAUACUACUUUGUUAUAUCGAUCGAAUACGGUCUUAUGUUAAAACGGGAAAAUCAUUAUAUGCAAACCAUGCGCGACCCAUGUUAAGACGACGUACGUUUAUAAAUAGAACACUUAAUCUUAAGAAGUGUUUGCGCUAGUGUAUCCUGCAUAGAUAAAUGUAUUGAUUGCUACACAUUUGUUUAAGUUAUUCACGAUUUUGAGGACUUUUUGUCAGCUGUUUUUAUCAGUUAAAAGAAUAGACACAGAGUGACAAUGGAGGCAGUCAAAAUGGCUUUAUCAGUUUUCAGCAGAAAGCAGAAGAUUUAUCUGCUUCCGUUUGUGGUUUCUGCGGUAUUCUUUGUACUCCAACCAUACCAACCUGGGUCUACGUUUCUCGGGACUAUCUUUAAGAUUCUACCAAUCCUCUCAUUGAUCGGAUACGUCAUAGCAACAAGAGCAAAAUUUCCCGCCAAAACAAAAGCACUAAAUUUAGAAACAGUGAUACCGGAAGAUCCAUAUAGCUUCUGUAUUUUGCUUGGACUUGCUCUCUCUGUUGUUGGCGACAUUUUUGUUGCCUUGCCAUACACAAUGUUCGUCGGCGGAUUUUUAUUCAUGUUUGUUUUUGCAUGUUACAUAAUUGCCAUAGAAAUUGAUGGGCGUCAUAAGUGUGGAAACAGUAGCAGCACAUGGCUCUUUGGUCUUAUGUACAUCAAUAUAUACUUGAGCGUCCAAGGAAGCUCUGAGUCGUAUAUCUUCAAAGGCUUCUUACUGCUGUACUUCAUCCCACUAUUUGUUGCAGGAUGGAAGGCUGCUUCGGCCCUGGAGGAAAAUCCUGGAGACAAAGCAAUUCUUAUGAGCUGCAUUGGAUCUUCGCUGUUUAUUGUCUCAGACUGUUUAGUUAUCCUUGAACACAAUGAUUACCCGGUUCCAUUUGCUGAAUUUAUCUACAUGUUGACAUAUUACGGUGCCCAGUUUGGAUGGGCAACCAGUACAUCAAACUAUAAUUAAAACAAUGCAGCUACAAUUUGCUUUUGUACUGAUGUUAUAAAAAUGGUGUUUUCAUCUUGCUGUGUAUUAAACAUUCAUACGCCAUCUGUUGGAAUCUGGAGUAGAAUUCUCGAGUAAUAGUUAAUAUCUUGUUUAUCAACUUUUGAAUUUUUAUCAUAUACAUAGCUGUACAUGUAUACACGUAUAUAUUUAUUUGUGCUGACCUGCUAU